CCGAAAUCCCAAUCCCCAGCUCAGCUGAUGCGUUGCCUUGCCUGCAUCGGACGCGACUCUCGUCUCCCUGGGAUCGCCCUGCCCUAGUCUCUCGUCCGCUUCAUUCCCAAGCCGAGCAACAGAGAGGAAAGAAGCAGAAAUUUCCGCACCAUGUUCAAGAAGUUCUCUUCAGAAGAUAUAUCUGGGCAGAAUCAAGUUAAGGCCUCUGUACAGAGAAGGAUUCGGCAAAGUAUUGCUGAUGAGUACCCUAGCCUUGAACCUUUGCUAGAUGACUUGCUCCCAAAGAAGUCACCUAUGAUUGUUGUUAAAUGCCAAAACCAUUUGAAUCUUGUGGUGGUGAAUAAUGUCCCACUAUUUUUCAACAUCCGUGAUGGUCCUUACAUGCCAACCCUGCGUCUUCUUCAUCAGUAUCCUGAUAUCAUGAAAAAGUUCCAAGUGGAUAGAGGUGCUAUUAAAUUUGUUCUCUCCGGUGCAAACAUAAUGUGUCCUGGAUUGACAUCACCUGGUGGUGUCUUGGAUGAUGAAGUCGAAGGGGAAACACCAGUGGCUAUAAUGGCUGAAGGAAAACAACACGCAUUGGCAAUUGGAUAUACAAAAAUGUCAGCGAAUGACAUAAGGACCAUCAACAAAGGAAUUGGAGUUGACAACAUGCACUAUCUAAAUGAUGGCCUAUGGAAGAUGGAACGGCUUGAAUAAGUUGAACGCACUGAGGGAUGCAGAAUUUGCGGCAUGGGCGUGUUUGAGUUGUAAUGAUCAGUGGGACCAUGUAUCUACACAGCUGGUAUCGUUUAAGCAGAUGAACCAGAGGCUACAUUUGCGCUGAGAGAAGUUUACUCGACCCUUUGGUGUUAGAGAUAUCUGUCGACACUGACUUAUGAAUGCUGCGUGCAACGCUUUAUAUGGCAGUGCGAUGCUGCGAUCCUUGUGUAAUGCUGUUGCCUUAUCACUGAUCGUUGUGCAUUCACCACAAUAAGUUGAAAGGGGAAAAAGGGUUGAAAUCCAUAAAGCUCGACUUGAGUCA